UCGCAGGCAAGAAAAUCAAAACACUUUGUCAACUUGGAAGUCGCUGAAUAUAGUUUCGGCAAGAAUGUCGAAAAGGGACGUUUUUAUCGAGUCCGUCUGCAUUAGUAAGACGGAGGAAUUUAUCACUUUCAUCAAACGUCAUAAAGAUGCUUCGGAGCCUUUUGACCUCUCUGAGCUACUGCAAGAAAUGCAAAAGUCUCAGCGGCAGACUCUUUGGGCAAAGCUGGCUAAACUUCUGCAGGACGUCAUGGUGGCUUGUCCCGCAGACAGCUGGGAUGCACCUCCGCCAGCAGAGCAACCGGACCAGAAUGGCAUGGAGGUGGAUACGCCCUUGGACUCGAAACAUGCCAUCCAGGUGAUUCAGGGUGUGAUAGAUGUGGCCAAGGCCUCUGUGGAGACCAUUGAAGAUGGAGACACGUACACAUCUCUGUUGGACUGUGCCAACAUGCUGAAUGAUGUGAGUUUCCUGCCCCAGGCUGAGGUGGUGCUCAAGGGGAGCAUUCUCCAGCUGUGCGAAUGCUGGUGGACCAAAGGCCUUCACGGGAAAGAGGAUCUUGGGCUGAACGUCUUCCAGGCCUCUCUCACAAAGCAGGUACCGGAUAUCAAGAAGCUGUGGACCGUGCAUGAGGCGCUGCUGAGCGUGCCCCUGGACUCAGAGCUGGGACAGGAACUGACCAAUCAGCUGCUUAAAUGCUUCCUCAACGUCAACUUCCUCAAGAGAGACGAUGGCAAGCGAUUCCUGGUAUUUCUCUUCAGCUGGGACUUGCUCUUCAUUCGUCUGAUCCACAAGACUGUUAAAAAUCAGCUGCAGUAUGCUCGCAAAACUGAGGUGGAGCACUUGGCAGAGAUGUACUUCCGCGCGUGGAACAAGGCUUCCGGAACCUUCCUGGAGGAGAUCGAGUCCACCUGCAUCCAGGACUUCAUGCAGCACGGCAUCCAGCUGUACCGCAACUCGCCCGUGCUGCCCAAAGUCCGACAGAUCCUGAACUAUUUCCAUAAGCAGAAGUUGCGUCAGGGUGUGGACGCCAUGCUCUACAGGCUGUAUCGGCCCAUUCUCUGGAGGGCCCUCAAGGUGCCCAACGGUGAGGUGAGGGCCAAUGCCACGCUGCUGUUUGCGGAGGCGUUUCCUCUAAAUGACCCAGACAUGGACGUGGCCGCCGCAGACGAGGCCUUGCAGAGGCAGCUGGACACGCUGGUCUCCCUGCUAGACGACCAGCAGCCCAUGGUGCGCUCCACAGCGGUGCUGGGCACCUGUGCUGUGCUGGGCAAGUGCUGGCAGUUCAUCCCCAACAACAUCAUAGGAGACCUCCUCAAGAAGCUGGUGCAGCAGCUCGCACAGGACACCAGCUCACCCGACGUCCGCUGCGCUGUCUUCAUGAGUAUGUCUGUGAUCUUGGAUAACAACCUGACCCACUCAGUUAUGGAGAACAUCCUGCCCCUGCUGAAGCUCAGCCUGCAUGACACCUCAGAGAAGGUGCGCGUGGCCUUCGUGGACCUGCUGCUCAAGAUCAAAGCCGUCCGUGCAGCUAAGUUCUGGAAGGUGUGUUCCAUGGAGCACCUGCUGGCGCGUCUGGAGCGGGACUCCCCCUCGGUCUCCAAGCGUAUCGUGGACCUGCUCUUCUCCUCCUUCUUCCCCGUCAACCAGCCCGUCUCCGCCUGGGUGGAGCGCUGCAUCACCCUGGUUCAGAUGAACCCCCGCGCCGCACGCAAGUUCUACUACUUCGCCCACAUGUACACCACCCACAACAACCUGGGUAAGCUGAUGCUGGGCAUCCGCAUGUGUCUCAACUCGUCCAUCCGUAAAGCCUUAAAUGAAGAGGCUGAGGACGGGGCUUCUGCUAACAAGGAGAACUCUACCUCUGAGGAGGGUGACAUGCUGUCUGCGAGUGACCGGGCCACCAUGGCUCGGCUGCUGGAGCUGGUGGUGAUCCUGUGGAGGAGCAUCAGGAAGUCCCUGGACGGCAACAAGGACAUCCGCGACUACCUCACCAGCAAGUUCGCCUCCGCACUGCCCGAGUACAUGCGCUUCUUCCAGGAUGACCAUGACUGCACCAUAGCUCUCAUGCAGAUGGCCUCGCUGCUUCCAGCUGCUGCUCUGCCCACCCUCAGUUGUGGGGUGUUGUCUCGGUUGAAGAAGCUGGAGGUGGGCUCCUCAGUGUCCCUCUACAGCCAGAUCCUGGACUGCAUGUGCAGCUGGGGGCGGGCCUCUCAUGUCCUGGAGGUGGUCACCGAUUGGCUCACAGAGGCCCUUGAAAAAGCAGCUGACAAAGAGGACUCCACUGCAAGGCGUGUUCGUAUCCAGGACAGCUCAGAGGCCAAGCCAGACCUGGGGCUAAAUUUCUUGGACUACCUUCUCACCAAUCCACCAACACGGGAAGCCACGCUCAAUGUGGACCCAGACAAGCUCAAACAACUGCUCAAAGCACUGAGAGACUUCUCUAGGACGGAGCUGUACUCGUGUGUGAAUGCAUUUGAGCCUCCAGCGCGGGCUAAAACCACAGAGACUGCCGUCAAAGCCUUCAUGCUGCACAGCCGACUCCUCAUUCACCUCCACAACAAGCAUGGGCAGGGCAGGGAGCUGCUGGAGGAGCUGGAGCAGAGUGCCAUCUGGGUGAAGGAGAGCAUCAUGCCCUUCCUGGUCCCCUCAGACACCAUCUCAACACAGCAGGCCAAGCUGGCACACAGACUGGUGGAGACCUGUGUUACUAUGCUGAGAGAUGUCAUCACCGUCGGAGCAGGUGACAUGGAGUUUAAAGGCCAAGCCCUGAGAGUGUGUGCCGUGGUGCUGUGCUCUGAGAAAGGUUACCUGUGCAUGGCCGCCUUGCUGUCCCUGCUCUCCAGCCUGGCCAAGGACUGCAUGUCCCAGAAUGCACCGGGACAGGAAGAGGAGCGGAGAGAGAAGGAAGUGAGGUCGCUGGUGGAUGCGGUGGCCAACAUCUUCCACAAGAGCCUGCAGGUGGUCUCGCUGAAGCUGCGCCAGGAGCCGGAGGAGGGCAAGGAGGUGUGUGCCUCCAUCAGAUUGGCCCUGAUGGACUUCCUGGGUGUGAUGCAGCAGCUGGCUAGCGUGCGGUCGGAGGCCCUCAAUGACGUCUUCUCCUCGCUAUUCGCCGGCGUCCUGGUGGAGAUAAGCCACGCCCUCUUUAAGGUGUCUCACGUGGAGCAGCUGUCCACUCCGGAGAGCUCCAGUGAUCUGCCUCCCCUGUCCAGCUACAUCAUGGACGUGCUGCUCAAAUGCCCCCCAGCCGUUACCCGGUCUCUCUUCACUGUGGUUCAGCAAUCCCUGGACACAAACCAGAUAGACAACCUGCACGCACUGGCUGCUGUAACUCACAUACUGCUCGUCGUCAGGCAGACGGGCCAGUUCAAGGCAGACGUGAAGAACAUGACUGUGUCUGUCAAGAGGCUGAUGGACACCUACGCCAGUGACUGUGUAGAAGCAGCCGAAGAGGGCGACAAGGAAAUCACCAGGACGUUGUACACCGCCACAAUUAAAACAGUGGAUGAAAUCCUCAUGCCUUGAAGGGGAACCGCGGCACAAGAAUCAAGUUUUCACAAAUAUUUACAGAUUUUUUUUCUUUUCUUUUUCUCCUCCAUGUUGUCCUGACCUGACUCUAUUUAUGCUGUGCUCUUACAAUUUUAUAUGCUCGUCUUUUUCACAGACACUUGUGUUAAAUGUCUUGUCUCCCCUGUGGCUUUUGUCAUUAAAAAGAAACAAUUAUUGUAUUAACUUUUUGUACAUCAAAAAAUAAAUAAUUGUCUAUUAACAAA